UGAAUGUGUAUCAGAUCUAUUUGUAAUCAAGUCAGUGAGCAUUUUCAGUGAACGCCUGAUGACCUUACAGUUGGUGUUCUGCUAUGUAAUACAGAGACCUCACAGACCACAGAGGCGAUCAAUAGAUUAAAACCACCAAGGCUGUCUUUGCAGAGAACUCUCAGUUUGUCUCUCAGAAGGAAAGGGAAGCCACAACAGCAGCAGUAACUCGGGAUCUACAGCACAUCACCACCAGCCCCAGUCUCAGCAUAUAACCACCAUGAGCAGCAUGCAAGAGACCAACACAUGCUGGAGGUGUCAGAGUGAUACAGGAUUUCAGAUUAACCUGUCUGGAGCUCCCCAAAGUAAACGUAAAGCACUGAAGUUAAAUUUUGCCAAUCCGCCAAUCAAACCGGCUACGAGGUUUACCCUCAACACAGCGGGACCGCCCUUUCAAAACCCACACAUAGAGCGGCUGCGUACACACAGUAUCGAGUCGUCAGGGAAGUUGAAGAUUUCUCCAGAGCAGCACUGUGACUUCACAGCGGAGGAUCUAAAGGACUUGGGGGAGAUUGGACGGGGGGCCUAUGGCUCCGUCAACAAAAUGGCCCACAAACCCAGCGGACAGAUCAUGGCUGUAAAGAGGAUCAGAUCCACAGUAGAUGAGAAGGAGCAGAAGCAGUUGCUGAUGGACCUGGAUGUGGUCAUGAGGAGCAGUGACUGUCCCUACAUUGUUCAGUUCUAUGGAGCACUCUUCAGAGAGGGAGACUGUUGGAUAUGUAUGGAACUCAUGUCUACCUCGUUAGACAAAUUCUACAAAUAUGUGUAUUCCACGUUGGAGGACGUGAUCCCGGAGGAGAUUUUAGGCAAAAUUACGUUAGCUACUGUGAAAGCACUUAACCACUUAAAAGAAAACUUGAAAAUAAUUCACAGAGACAUUAAGCCCUCUAACAUCCUCUUGGACAGGAAUGGUAACAUUAAGUUGUGUGAUUUCGGUAUCAGCGGGCAGCUUGUUGACUCCAUCGCAAAGACCAGAGAUGCAGGCUGCAGACCAUACAUGGCACCAGAGAGAAUAGACCCCAGUGCCUCCAGGCAGGGUUAUGACGUACGUUCGGAUGUCUGGAGUUUGGGAAUCACACUGUAUGAAUUGGCCACUGGACGGUUUCCCUACCCCAAAUGGAACAGUGUGUUUGACCAGCUCACGCAGGUGGUGAAAGGAGACCCUCCCCAACUCAGCAACUCAGAGGAGAGACAAUUUUCCCCCAAAUUCAUCAACUUCGUCAACCUGUGCCUUACAAAGGAUGAGUCUAAAAGGCCAAAGUACCGAGAACUUCUGAAACAUCCCUUCAUCUUGAUGUAUGAGGAGCGCUCUGUAGAUGUUGCCAGCUACGUGUGCAGGAUCCUUGAUCAAAUGCCUGCUUCGCCCAGUUCCCCCAUGUACGUGGACUGAAGGAACGAAAACAUACAAACACACGCUCUCCAAUGUCCGUCUGGGGAAAACAAGAAAUGCAAGCUAUUGUGUAAAGAUUCGCUUCGUCAGAAAAGAAAAAAUUGCAGUGUUAAAAAAAAAAAAAAAAAAUGCAGAAACACCAGGUGCAAUAAGAUUUGGUGUUUUCAAUCACGUCUGUAAAAUUUCAUCCAAACACUCUCACUCUCACUCUCUCUCUCUCUCUCUCUCUCUCUCUGUCUCUGUCUCUCUCUCUCUCUCUCUCUCUCUCUCUCUCUCUCUCUCUCUCUCUCUCUCUCUCUCUCUCUCUCUCGUCACAUCCACCCACUGAUGCUUAAGUAUAAUAGUAAUUGAAUGAAGCCACUGUGCUCUCGGCUCAUCUCAAGGACGUCUCCUCUCAGCCGUGAUUGCAGUAUAGUGAUUUUAAAAAAAAAAAAAGACAAAAAAAAGUAAAUAAGAUUUAAAAUAAACAUCGGGAAUUGUAUUUCUACUUCUGAAAUCACUUGUGGAGUGUAUAUGAUUUUGGAGAAAGUUCAGUCGAUGUACUGGAACUGUGCUGAUGGUGCCCCAUGCCUGCCUCUUUUGUGUCUGUGUCUAAGAAUUUGGUCCUAAUCUCAGUCUUGCUCUGCAUGUUUUUAUGAUGUUUCCUGGAAGGAAUACUCAAGCAUUUUUCCAUCUAAUCCCUGUCUGCUAAAUCUGUAGCGUAAAGUUGAUGACGGUGAGCUAAUAUUUUAAAUCAUUUAAAUAGAACACAAACCACGCUGACUUGAAAGACACAAGAAACUAUUGGGCAGGCGUUAAAACUGUCUUGUGGGGCCAGUCGUGCUGUUGUACACAUCUGGGACAGCUUGUUAAAGUCUUGGUGCUGGAUAGACCUCUGAAGUCAUGCUUCGUUCUGUAGUCGGCAUGGCGCACAUAUUAGGCGCUCAUAGUCUAUGCUGGUUUUGUCUUGUGGUUAACAAAAAUAGUCCAAAGCUGAAACACAUUGUUCUGUAUGUAUAUUUCCUCUACCAAGAGUCAGUGGAAACAGGCUAAUGCUCUUGUAUCCAGUAAUGAUGGUAAAUGAAAGUAAGUCUACUAUUAACCUUUGACGCUGUUGUAUACCAACAUCCGCUAAAUAAACUGUAGCCAAAAACGGCCAGAGCAACUUAACUAGAACAUGUGGCAAGGCUUACUGGUUUGUGUAGGGUAUUUGGUGAGGUUGCCAACUUUAGGAUGUCUAUUCGGUGUAGAGCUGUGUUGUAGUAGUCGUACUUCAGUUCCUUACUGACCUCCUGAUUUCUGGUGACAUUUGGAGGAAAACUGGCAAAACGUACAGCAAACAGGGUUUCAGCCUCUCUAAAAUCCACCCUUUACUCCUUUAGUCCAUUAACUUUUAAAAAUCCAGAGUACAGUCAGUAACACAAGGAGCACCUCUCUUGCAGGAGGUAAUGUUUCAUAUGUUCCAUACCCAUGUGAUACACAUGCUUAUACUUAACCGGAGGUCUUUGGGGGUAUUUUUCAGUCAUGCUAACUUACAUUAUACAUCCAUGGGCUAACUACAGGCUUGUUGUCCAUCUUAUGAUGCUGACUACCAUGCGGUUGCCCCCUGCUUUGAGCUCCACCUUCACAAGCCAUUGAAUUGGUUUAGAAACUUCACCUUUGGUUUGUUCCCACCUUUAAUUAAGACUACGUUUGCACAUUUAGCCCAAAAUUUAGACCAAAAUUUCUCAUAGUUGUCAACAGAUGUUCUCAUUACGAGAUCAUGUCUGCCCCUGCAAGACUAGUGCUGAAGCAACUGCCCCUUUGGGUUUUAUUACGAAGUCGUCCUGAGUCAACGAGCUUCCUGGUCUUUUGCAGGGAAAUUGCCAAUGGCGAACAACUGUAUGCUACAGGUUCGGCAAACGAUGGUUAGGCUAAAAAACUUUUCCUUUAAUAUAGCACCUCUCAUUCAAAUAAUCAGCGAAUCGUCUGUAUCUACGUCUAAUCGGCCCUUCGUAAGCUGGACUGGGUGUGUUGGAGCAAGAGAAACAAAAACAAAACCAAAAAAAAUGUGCAGAGCAUGGGGAUUGGUAACCACUGGCUGUGGAUGGAAGGCGGAAUUGUUGUCAUAACCUGGUCUCUGCCUAGCAAUGACUGUGUCCUCACUGUACAAUGAACCACGUUCUGAUAUAUAAAUAAAUGAAUAAACAAACUCAGAAGCAA